AUGAAAGCUUAUGAAUUUGAAGUUGAUAAAUAAAGAAACAUUUAAAGAGAAGAACUAUUUAUAUUGACAAUAGUUGAAAGGGUGUUAGCAGGACACUUACAAUCAAUAUCAUAUGUAGAUUAAGCUUAGUUUUGUGAAUUAUUAAGUAAAAGGUAAACUGAAAAAAAAGUGAUUUAACCUUUGCACAUUUAAAUUUUAGGAACAGUUAAAAGAAAUCUGAUAAAAAAUUAAACACCAUUACUUGAGAAAAAAAUACCUUAUGAAAUAAGAACUAUAGUUUCAUCAUCAAUAGAUAUUAGAAGGAACUACAUUCACACAUUUAGCAAUAGAAAUUUGAAUAACAAAGAAUAAUAAACCACAGAAAUAGAUACUUAAAUUAUUGGAUAAUAAUAACAAGAAUUGAAUAGAAAUAAUAACUUGAAAUUAGAUAAAACUUACAAUAGUGGUCUUCCUAAGUAUCAUACAAAUAGAAGUUAAAAAUAGAAUGAUUCAUCAGCUCGUUACAUUAAUCCAUUUCAAUUGAAUAGUCCUAAUAGUACAUAAGCAGAUAAUAUUAUUAAUUAAUUGCCAUCUCUAAAAUAGUCAACAAUCAAUGAAAAUUUUUAAGUUACUAAAAAUGAGACUGCCAUCAUUAAUAUAGUAAGUUAAGAUGGAGAAAUAGAACAAUAGGAAGAUUUUAUAAUUAAAAAUAAUUAAAAGAAUAUUGAUGAAUUAAACACAAAUGAUAAUAAAAUAAAUGAUAAAUUAUAUUAUGAAUCUUAAUUGAACCAGAGUAAUUAAUAAAUUAUAAAAACUGAAAAGUAGGAUAGUAAUACUAUAUAAUAAUCAUUAUAAUUAUAAAGUAAUUCUAGAAAAUUAUCAUAAAACUUACCAAUGGGAAGUGAUUCUAGCAAAAUGGAUCUCAAAGAAAAGCUAUAAAAAUAUUACAGCAAUGAUGAAGAAUUCAAAACUUAAAGAAAACCUAUGACUUAAAGUGAUCGAAUAAAAAAUAUCAGUUAUGGAACUGAUCCAAAUACAAAAGAUAUAAUAGGUGAAAUUAAUUAACAAUAAAUAAUUUAAAGUGCUAAAUUUUUGGAUAAUGAUCAGAAAUAAAAUAAAUUAUAAUAAAAAUCAUACUAGAUUUAAUUUUCAUUUAUUCCUGGUAAAACUUAAGAGAUUAUAAUAUCACAUAAUGACAAUUUUUAGCAAAAUCAAUUAAGCCCAAAGAAAAGCUUAGAAGAUCUAUAACAUCCAUUAGGUAAUUUUUUAUCUCCUCCUUAAUCAGCUAGAUCUGUCAUUUCUGCAAAAUCAACUAAAACAAAACUCAAAACAAUUUAAUCAAAUGAUUAAAAAUUGCUUGAUCAAUAAAAUUUAUAAGAAUAAUAAUAUGAAAAUUCGAUUUCCAAAGAAGAUUCAUAAAUCUCAUUGCUUGAAUAAUCAUUACAUUAAAAUGUACAAAAUCAUCAUUUACAUUCAAAUUAAUUGAGACCAGCUACUACACAUAUUGAAGCAUAUAAAUAAUAAGAUUAUCCCUCAUUUUAAACACAUGAUAAUUUAGAUUUAAUGAAAAAAUCUACUUAGAAACUUUUAUAAUAACAAACAAGUAUUACAUCUAUCAUGCGUGAUGAAGAUAACUUUUAAAGUAAUCAAACUUUUAUUUAAUAAAUUAAUAUCUAAGUUAAUUAAUGUGAACCAACUCAACCUACAAAUAAUAUAAUCAUAGAAGAAUCUAUAGAAGGAUCUCCUAAUUUUAAAGUUUAAAAUAAUUAACAUUCUACAGCUUCUUUUUCUUUACUAAAAUUAGAAGAUUAAAAAUAAUCACCUUCUUAAACUAAUCUAUAAGAAAAGUAACCAUAAUCUCCAUAGAAUGGAUUAAUUCCUUCUAAUUCAUACAUUCCAACUUCUACCAUGAUACCUGGAACUUAAUUAUAAUCAAAAAUGCUUAUUCCCAUUAAUAAUACUUAAACCAGCAGCAUUAAAUAUAAGAGGGCAAGUAAUAAAUCUAAAUCUUAAAUCAAAGAUUCAAUUUUAUAAUAACAAAGAUCUGAAGAUAGUUAACCUGAAAGUAAAUUAACUAUUGAAUCUUCAUAAGGUGAUAAAACAAAUAGAUCUAAAAUUGUAAAAAAUACUAAAUAAUUAAAAUUUCCAGCUGCUACAGUUGCAUUAAAUUUUGCAAGGAGAAAAUCAUCUAACUAAAUUUCUCCUAAGGAUGUAAGAAUCUUUAUUUAAUCUUGUUUAGCCUAAAAAACUAGAAUAAUAUGAAAAAGAAAAAUAAAGAUAAAUUGAAUACUAAAAACAAGUUGAAAAAAUGAAAUAUGAAAGAGAGUUGAUGGAAUAAUUCAAAAUUCCAGAUGAUAUGCCUUUAUUAUAAAAAAGAGCAAUAAUUGAAUAAUUAAUGAAAGAAUUAGAAAUUAAUAAUGAUUAGGAUGUUAAAUAUUAAAUAAUGUUAUGUAUUAUUAUACUUAAAUAUUUAUUAGAUAAAGAAAGAUAAGAAUAAAUUUAAAAUGCUUCUAAAUUUGAAUUAGAUUAUAAUAAAAAUCUUUCAAAUUGCUAUGAAGAGAUAUCUCAUAUAUCUGAAAAUAAAUUGAAAUUAUUAGCAAAAGAUGCAGAUUAAUCUAAGAUUUAAUUUUUAAAAUUUGAAGAUCAAGUCUAAACAAAUUUUCAAGGAUAAUCAAAAUCCUUUACUUAAGAUUUAAAUUCACCAGUUAAAAAAAACUUAAAGUUUUUUAGUAAAUUGGAUCCAGUUGAAAUUGACAAUCAAAUUAAUAGAAUGAAGGAAUUUAAACAGGAAGCUGAUAUUAUAAAAUUCUUUUCUUCUUUUAAUAGUAAUUAUGAUAAAGAAGUACAUAUUUUAUAUAUAAAAAGGUGAAUUAAUGUGAUUUAGAUUAUCCUACUUAAAAAGAUCGAUACCUUUCUAUGGAUUUUCAAAGAGGAUUCUUACCAAAAACAAUUCAUAGACGUAGAAAGUAAAAGAAGAUAAGCACAAAAAUAAUUAUUAAUACGUAUAGAAUGGAUCCAAAAAAAAUAGAUUAGGUUUUAGCUUAAACUGAAAAAAUAAAAUAAGUUGGAUUAUUUUUAUUGUGA